AUCCUGACUCUACAGGAUAAAGAACAGAGCUUAGACAAACCAAGAAAACAACUACAAACAACAUUAAAGGAACCUGAAGACAACUUUUAAAAAACAUUAAAGGAACCUAAAGACAACUUUAAAACAACUUCUAGGAAACAAUAACUGGUUGGAUUACAACUCGAAGAGACAAGGAAUUGUUUUUCCUACAGAUACUGUACUAUCAUUAUUAUUAUUAUUUACACUCCUGAAGAACAAUAUCAUUUAUUAUUUUGACCUUUUUUUAGUUUUUUUUGUUUUUCUUCUCAAACAAAGAUGGUUGCUUCAUCUUCUUCUUCCACCCUUACCCUUCGUCUCCUCCUCAUCCUCCUCUCUCUGUCACUGAGUGUGGAGUCUCGACUCUCGUCCCAACCCUCGCCCCGACCAUCACCUCGGAAACACGACACACAGGUACUAGAUAAUCUCUUCAGCGCUCAGCUCCGCUCUCUGAUCCUCAACCAACCAGACAUCACCUCUGAAGGUUCCACAUCUGGCCCCUCCCAUUCUCCCUCCCAGGGAUUGGCUGGUCGUGCCAUGGGGGCGGGUCCUGUGGUCCCCAGGUUGUUCCUAGACUUUCUGCGCCGCCAGAGGAUGUUCCGUGGGGGGAGCAGGAGGAGCGCCACCGCCAGGGGAUGCUUCGGCAUGAAGGUGGACCGCAUCGGAUCUAUCAGCGGUCUGGGAUGCUGAUUGGACAACCGCCAGUGGCCUUGUGUUCUGAUUGGCUAUCUUUCACCCCACUACUUCCUGUGUGUGUCAGAGACCGAGGGAAGGCUGGGAGAUCUCUAACUGACAGACGGAUUCCCAUCCCUUGAUAUCUAACCCCUGAACUAUGAACUGUGAUCCUGUGUGACUGUAGAGGUCAUCUCCCUAAACCCCACGUGACCUAUAGGUGGUCUUCCAUGUGAGAGCUGAUACUAAUGACCUUUGACCUCUAACCCCUGGCUCUGUUACAGCCAGUACAACUAACCUAUGGGGUGUGUGUAUAAUGUGUGUGUGUGUGUGUGUGUGUGUGUGUGUGUGUGUGUGUGUAUAGUGUGUGUGUGUGUGUGUGUGUGUGUAUAAUGUGUAUGUACAAUGUGUGUGUAUAUAUAAUGUGUGUGUAUGUACAAUGUGUGUGUAUAAUGUUAUGGUGUGUUAUUCCAUUGUAUCCAUGUAUAACCUGACAGGCCUUCUGUUGUGUAAUGUAUGUGUGUGUGUGUGUGUGUGUGUGUGUGUGUGUGUGUGUGUGUGUGUGUGUGUGUGUGUGUGUGUGUGUGUGUGUGUGUGUGUGUGUGUGUGUGUGUGUGUGUGUGUGUAUAAUGUGUGUUUAGUGUAUAAUGUGUGUGUGUGUACUGUGUGUAUAAUGUGUGUGUGUGUAUUGUGUGUAUAUAUAAUGUGUGUGUGUGUACUGUGUGUAUAAUGUGUGUGUACUGUGUGCAUAAUGUUAUGGUGUGUUAUUCCAUUGUAUCCAUGUAUAACCUGACAGGCCUUCUGUUGUAUAAUGUGUGUGUGUGUACUGUGUGUAUUGUGUGUGUGUAUAAUGUGUGUGUGUGUACUGUGUGUAUUGUGUGUGUGUAUAAUGUGUGUGUGUGUUUAGUGUAUAAUGUUAUGGUGUGUUAUUCCAUUGUAUCCAUGUAUAACCUGACAGGCCUUCUGUUGUAUAAAACUGAGACCAACGUGUGUCAAACAUGUUUACAUCUUCCCUGUAACACGCUACCAGUAACACGCUACCAGUAACACGCUACCAGUAACAUGUUAUCAUGACCUGCUGUGUGUUCUACUGUCUAACUGUUCCCUGUAACAUGCUACCAGUAACACGCUACCAGUAACACGCUACCAGUAACACGCUACCAGUAACACGCUACCAGUAACACGCUACCAGUAACAUGUUAUCAUGAUUAACUGUUUAUUAGUCUGAUAUGGUUUACAUAUAUCACUAUCAGUGUAUCAGGACUGGGCUCAAGUCAGACUUCAAUAUCGUGAAUGAUUUAAUGAAUCCAUCAUGCUGGUACUGAAAGCUGAAUUGGACCCAACCCUGCAGGAUUAUGUGGAUGAAGAGAACUGUUUAUAUCUUCAUGAUGGAAGUCAAAAGAUCUUUGUGACUAAAUGAGUUCCUGUUUGUCUGAAAUAAUAAAACAACUCUGGCCAAGUC